GGACAACAUUCGCCAGCCGGACGGGGUCUCGCUGCGACUUUGCCCAAGUUCGGUCAAUAGUGCAGAUCCGGCAUUUUGACCCCCGAGAGCCGCAGAGUGCCUUGGAAACGCAUCGCCCCGCACACCGCUGCCUCGACGCUUCGCACACUGCCGCCCAAAUUGCGUGCCAGGAUGGCCAGAAGCGCUGAUACCAGGAAACGAGUCCGAGAAGAAGAUCCAAAGGAUGAGCACAAUGUCUCGGUGUGCUGUGCCGUCAGCAAGUCUGGCGACGAGAACGCAUCAGCCCAAGAUACCCCCGUACGGCGAAAGAGCUCCCGGAUCGCCGGAAGGGCCGUGGUCGCCGAGACCAGCCCAAAGAGUCGCCAACGCCGCCUGUCGCCCGUCUGCGAGGUUCCCCGCUCGCCGCACCGCAAGCCCCUCGGCUCUGCAAAUGGCCGGCUCAACUCCAAAGCACAAGGCUCGCCCUCCCGGAGCCCCCCAGCCGACGAUGAGCCGCGGACGCCAAAGUCGGUCAGAAAGCCAUCCGAUAUUUCGCCAAAGCCCUGCCCGGCGACCCCACGCACUCCGACGCAGAUCUAUCUAGCCGGCAAAUCCAUCUUUCGCAGAUGUGCCACCCCAUCGCGGCUCAUCGGGCGAGAACAUGAACGCAGCGCGCUGAGCCAGUUCUGGAGCGAUCAUGUUCUUGCUGGCGUGGCCGGCUCGCUCUAUAUCUCGGGCUACCCUGGGACUGGCAAGACCGCGCUCGUCGAGGAGAUCAUGCGAGAAAUGCAUCCGCAGUAUGCCAAGUUGCCACACAAGGUCGAGGUCAUCAAGCUGAACUGCAUGACCAUCAAGGACCCGAAGCAAAUCUACUCCAAGCUCGUGUUCCAAAUGGAGAAGGAGGCGUGUCCAUACAAGGGCGCACUCGACCGGCUGGAAGCAUUGUUCAUUUCCAAAAAGACAUCAUCCAAACCCAAAGCCAAGUCCAAACCGACACUCUUCUUAGUCAUCCUGGACGAGAUCGACCACUUGCUCACUGGCGACCAGGAGGUGCUGUACAAGCUUUUUGAGUGGCCCACGCUCAAAUCAUCCAGCCUGGUGCUGCUUGGAAUCGCCAACGCAUUGGAUAUGACCAAUCGCUUUCUACCGCGGCUCAAGGCCAAGAACUGUGAGCCAGAGCUUCUCAACUUCAAUCCAUAUGACCAUCCGGAGAUCACCAAGAUCAUCCGCGCGCGUCUCGAGUCGCUGGUGGAUCUGGAUGAGCUCGGUGAUGACAGUCCGGCCCCGCGAGAAUAUGUUCCGGGCGGCCACUCGACGGCGCUGAAGCCAUUCCCUGCUAUCCCAGGCAGUGCUCCCACGGCUCUGUCAGCUCCUUCAGUGACGUUCCCGCUGAUGCACACCAAUGCGAUCGAGGUCUUGGCCCGUAAAGUCGCUGGUACCGGUGACCUGCGCAAAGCUCUUGAUGUGUGUCGACAAGCGAUCGAGAUUGUCGAAAACGAAACACGCGCCAAGGCCGCGGACCAGCCAGAAAAGCCUGAUUCGGCCUUGGCCCUCGAUAUGGAGGCACCUGUCGAGUCGCUCGAUGCACUGCCCAAGGUCACCGUGGCGCACGUACUCAAGGCAGCCAUCAACGCCUUUGGCUCUCCAAUCGUGGCCAAAAUCAAAGCGCUGAACUCGCAGCAGAAGGUGGUGCUGUGCGCAUGUAUGAUGCUGGAGUCGGAGCGGAAGGCCGAGUCCACCGUCGGAACAAUCAACGAUCGAUACAUAGAACUGUGUCGCAACAGCAACUCGCUGUUUACUCCAGUCACGGCUUCUGAGUUUCGGGAUUUGCUCUCGAACCUCGAGUCCAAUGGUCUGAUUGCAUGCAGCGCCUCCAAGGCAACCGACCGAAACCGUAAGGUAAACAUCAAUGUGUCCAUCGACGAGGUCUGUUCCGGGAUCGCCGACAUUUCGAUUCUGGCAGCUCUGAUGGAUGACUUUGUGGAGAAGAAUAAAAGUACAUAGACCGGGUGCUGCCUGCGACAGCGGUCUGCAUCCUCUGAUAUCCCUUGCUGUGAAAUGAGCCGGCGCAGC